GUGCCCUAGAGGGACUAUUUGGCUUUAUCGGUUAAUUUUAUCUUUUACAUUAUAAGUGUGUGUAAAUAUGUCCUUCCUAGCUAGAUAUUGCAAGCAACAUUUCAGGCCAUCCAAGCUUUUGUUUACUUCAAAGUAUCAAGAGAUCCCUCCUCAUAUAGUUUACAAAGAUAGAUAAAGAACAGAAAAGAGAGAGAAUAUAUAAUAUAUCUUGAUGAAGAUCAUGAAGCAGAAGCAGGCGGAGGCGUCGGCAGUGUUGAUAGCUGUGAUGGUGGUCAUGAGCUAUUGCUUGGCCAUGAUGGAGCCAGGGAGGGUUACUGCCAAGGGUGGAACAUCAUCCUAUCAUCAGAAGAUCACCGCCCGCCCUAGUCAGAGCCUCGAGACCAAAGACAGCAGCAGCGUGAUAGACAACCACCACUCCAUCCCCCGCGAAAGGUACGGCAGCUGGCCAGGCGAUGAUAACAGUGGCGGCACCGGCAGCACCAGUAAUAACGAUGACAGACACGGGCUAUAUCCAUGAACCGGAGCUUGCUAGUCUUAAAAGUUAAAACUAUUUAUAUAUGCAUGCAUGGUUAAGCAGAGCGUAUGCGAUUUCUAUCUUCGUGCCGUGAGAUUCUGAAAUUGUACAAUAUAUAUAGCACGAAACAAGUAGCAGACAUGCAUGAGUGCAUGUCCCAAGUAAUGUUUCCAAUGUAGUGUGUUUGGAUCGUAGUGUUAUGUUUAGAUUCAUAUAAUUUUGAGCAGCCUUGCAACUCAAGGGUCCAUAGC